CGCGCCGCCGCCGCGGCCCGGCCGCUGCCCCCGCCCGCGUCGGAGCCGAGGCCGAGGCCGAGGCCGAGCCCUGUCCUGGUCGCCGGCCCGGCCGAGGCCGCGCCGCCGUUCCUCCCCGCCUCCGCGCGGUGACGCUGCUGCCGGGCGCGGGGACCGCGUCGAGCCCAGGCCCCGCCGCCGGGCUCUCCGCUCGGCCGAGGGGCGCCCGAGCCGCCGCGGCGCUCGCCUGGAAAAGUUUCCCCGCCCGGGCUCCCUAGGGUAAGCGGCGAGGGCGCGGGGCCCGGUGGAGGCAGCGCGCCGGGAGCCGGGCCCGAGGAGAGCCGGCCGGACUGGGCCGCUCUGCCGGAGGAGCUGGCUCCGCGGCCCGGGCGCGCAGGCGGGGGAGGGUCGGGGUCGCUGGCGCGGAGGCAGCCCGGGCCCGGCUGCCCGCCCGGCUUUCGAAACUGGCCCCCGGGCCGGCCCCGAGGGUGAAGCCGCGGGGAGCAGGAAGGGCGCCCCGCAGCCCACCUGAGAGCGUCGGGCCCGGCUUGGCUCCCAGCCCUUGUAGGUGCCGGUACUUUUCCGCUUGGGGCCGGGGCGAGCCCUCUGACCUCAGGAAGCGCCAGCGGGGCCCCCGCUGGGGGCGGGAUGGCGAGAGAAUUCCAGAGGCGCCGGGUGCUCCCGCCUCCGGGCCGUCCUUCGGGGGCCGCCGCCGGCUCGCCCACUCCGCGGCUGGGGAGGGCCUGCGCUCCCGCCGGGGGAGGGGAGGAGCUGCUGUUCGCGAGGCGGAGGGGAUUAUUCACCGCCCGGGCCUCGUCCCCGCCUGCACACCUGAGCGGCGAGACACUCAGGUGCGGGAUCCGCGGGCGCUGGGAGGCUGGCUCAGGUAGGUUCCGGGGCUGCCUCCCGCGGAGGCCUGGCCGAGACCCCUGCUGCCCCCGUGGGGUGGCUGGACUGAGGGGCGGCCUGCUUGCCAGACAGGUCUUACAGCAGUCACUUGUCAGGUCAGUACCUGCUCUCCCCGCCAUCCUCUAGACCCUUGCCCCUGGGGGUGCAGACUCUCCUCCACCGGAGGGUGUCAGAAUUCUUUCUGACUUGGGAAGUGGGAGGGGAACCCAGGUGAUGUGGCCUAGUGAGGGCUGGGCAGCUGCUGGCCAGGUGUGGGCACAGCAUAGGAGAGUAACCAAGCCUGACCCGUCUCAACCACAGUGGCCGAAGUUUUACGAUUUCCUAUAUUGGGCUUCCACAUAAGAUUUGAUUUUUUAAAGAUUCUGUGGCUUUAAAAAAAAGUUUGAAAACCUCUGGUCUAGCAGUUUUUACCAUCUAGGAAACUGAGGCCUAGAGAGAGGAAGUGACUUAAGAUCACACAGAAAAUGAGUAAAGAUUGGAAUUCAGAAUUUCAGCACAGCCUUCAGUGCCUGUUACAGGACCUGGCUUGGUGUCUCUUUGCUGGAAAGAGAGACGGGACCAGGUUUCCCAGGCAGCCCUGUCCACGCCAGACCCCCAGUGCCUGGGAAACAGCAGCUGGACCUGGGGGAGGUUCAGUUUGGGUGCCUCGGAGUGGGUGUCUGUGUCAGGAGGUUCCUGGGACUGGAGAAAAGGGCUUUGACCUAGAACACAGCCACAAAGAGCACCCACAGGUCUCUCUGUGGCCACAGCCUGGAGCUGACUCCCAUGUGAGAGGGCCUCACAGGAGGCUGGAAAUACAGCAAGCCUCCGGGUUUGAGCCGAACUGGGACUCAGAGGGAUGCUGAGGCAGGGCUGUCUGGAGGCUUCAGGCUCUGUGGAAGCCAUAUCUACGGCUCACCGUGGCUGGGGAUGCUGAGCAGAUGAAGCCUGGUCCUUUCUUGGGGAAUUGUUUGGUUGUGCCUGAAGCCCGCUUUCUUUUUGGGUGCUGCAAGGGCUGAAUGUCUGGCUGUCCAGCCAUUGCUCAGACCAGCUUUCCGGAACUUGGUCGCCCGAGGCAUCAUGGGGCUGUGGCUUCCAGGCCUGUCCGGGAACCCUAUGGACUCUGCCCAUCCAGGGUGAGGAGGAGCUGCAUUGUGGAUGCCUCCUGCCAUCAGCUGUCAGGUUAUUUUGGUGUAAACUGAAAAUACUCCAGGAAUUGUGUGUUGAGUCUCUCCAGCCUGCAGGGUGGGACUGCAGCAGGAGCAGACAGGGAGGCUGACUGUGGCUGAGGGCAAUCUCUGGAAAAGGAGUGUUCCCAGUGGUGAGCCCGCCUGUCCAGCUCUCCGGGGCCCGGAGCCGGCAGCCCUGAUCCUCCCCGCGCAGUCCCGCCCGUCUUGGUCCCAUGCCCCCGCCAGUCAGCCCCGGGCCACAGGCAGUGAGCAGGCACGCGGGAGCCGAGGCCCUGUGACCAGGCCAAGGAGACGGGGGCUCCGCGGUCCCGGCCACCUGUCCCCCCCAUGGAGCUGAGGCCCUGGUUGCUAUGGGUGGUAGCAGCAGCAGGAGCCUUGGUCCUGCUGGCGGCCGAUGCCCGUGGCCAGAAGGUCUUCACCAAUACCUGGGCCGUGCGCAUUCCUGGAGGCCCAGCCGUGGCUGACAGUGUGGCACGCAAGCAUGGCUUCCUCAACCUGGGCCAGAUCUUCGGCGACUAUUACCACUUCUGGCAUCGAGCGGUGACAAAGCGGUCCCUGUCACCUCACCGCCCGCGGCACAGCCGGCUGCAGCGGGAACCUCAAGUACAGUGGCUGGAGCAGCAGGUGGCAAAGCGACGGACCAAACGGGACGUGUACCAGGAGCCCACGGACCCCAAGUUUCCCCAGCAGUGGUACCUGUCUGGUGUCACCCAGCGGGACCUGAACGUGAAGGAGGCCUGGGCCCAGGGCUACACGGGGCGUGGCAUCGUGGUCUCCAUUCUGGACGAUGGCAUCGAGAAGAACCACCCGGACUUGGCAGGCAAUUAUGAUCCUGGGGCCAGCUUCGAUGUCAAUGACCAGGACCCUGACCCCCAGCCUCGGUACACGCAGAUGAAUGACAACAGGCAUGGCACACGGUGUGCAGGCGAGGUGGCCGCAGUGGCCAACAACGGUGUCUGUGGCGUAGGCGUGGCCUACAAUGCCCGUAUUGGAGGGGUGCGCAUGCUGGACGGUGAAGUGACAGAUGCAGUAGAGGCACGCUCGCUGGGCCUGAAUCCCAACCACAUCCACAUCUACAGCGCCAGUUGGGGCCCCGAGGACGACGGCAAGACCGUGGAUGGGCCAGCCCGCCUUGCUGAGGAGGCCUUCUUCCGGGGGGUCAGCCAGGGCCGCGGGGGGCUGGGCUCCAUCUUUGUCUGGGCCUCUGGGAAUGGGGGCCGGGAACAUGACAGCUGCAACUGCGACGGCUACACCAACAGCAUCUACACGCUGUCCAUCAGCAGCGCCACGCAGUCCGGCAACGUGCCCUGGUACAGUGAGGCCUGCUCGUCCACGCUGGCCACAACCUACAGCAGUGGAAACCAGAACGAGAAGCAGAUCGUGACCACUGAUCUGCGGCAGAAGUGUACGGAGUCUCACACAGGCACCUCUGCCUCUGCCCCCUUGGCAGCGGGCAUCAUCGCUCUCACCCUGGAGGCCAAUAAGAACCUCACCUGGCGGGACAUGCAGCACCUGGUGGUACAGACCUCAAAGCCAGCCCACCUCAAUGCUAACGACUGGGCCACCAAUGGUGUGGGCCGCAAAGUGAGCCAUUCGUAUGGCUACGGGUUACUGGACGCAGGUGCCAUGGUGGCUCUGGCCCAGAACUGGACGACGGUGACCCCCCAGCGGAAGUGCACCAUCGACAUCCUCACUGAGCCCAAGGACAUCGGGAAGCGGCUGGAGGUGCGGAAGACUGUGACCGCCUGCGUGGGGGAGCCCAGCCACAUCACGCGGCUGGAACACACUCAGGCGCGGCUCACCCUGUCCUACAACCGCCGCGGUGACCUGGCCAUCCACCUGGUCAGCCCCAUGGGCACCCGCUCCACCCUGCUGGCCGCCAGGCCGCACGACUACUCUGCAGACGGGUUUAACGACUGGGCCUUCAUGACGACCCAUUCCUGGGACGAGGACCCCUCUGGCGAGUGGGUCCUGGAGAUAGAAAACACCAGUGAAGCAAAUAACUAUGGGACACUGACCAAGUUCACCCUCGUGCUGUACGGCACGGCCCCCGAGGGGCUGCCCACACCUCCUGAGAGCAUCGGCUGCAAGACCCUCACGUCCAGCCAGGCCUGUGUGGUGUGCGAGGAAGGCUUCUCCCUGCACCAGAAGAGCUGUGUCCAGCGCUGCCCUCCAGGCUUCGCUCCCCAAGUCCUCGACACGCACUACAGCACCGAGAACAACGUGGAGAUCAUCCGGGCCAGCGUCUGUGCCCCCUGCCACGCCUCGUGUGCCACGUGCCAGGGGCCAGCCCCCACAGACUGCCUCAGCUGCCCCAGCCACGCCUCCCUGGACCCUGUGGAGCAGACGUGCUCCCGGCAAAGCCAGAGCAGCCGUGAGUCGCCGCAGCCGCAGCAGCCGCCGCCCACGGAGGUGGAGGCAGAGCCGCGGCUGCGGGAGGGGCUGCUGCCCUCACACCUGCCCGAGGUGGUGGCCGGCCUCAGCUGCGCCUUCAUCGUGCUGGUCUUCGUCACUGUCUUCCUGGUCCUGCAGCUGCGCUCGGGCUUCAGCUUCCGAGGGGUGAAGGUGUACACCAUGGACCGUGGCCUCAUCUCCUACAAGGGGCUGCCCCCCGAAGCCUGGCAGGAGGAGUGCCCAUCCGACUCAGAAGAGGACGAGGGCCGGGGCGAGAGGACCGCCUUUAUCAAAGACCAGAGCGCCCUUUGACGAGCGCCUACUGCCCGCCCCUUCGAGCCCAUCCCCUCCUGGGGCACUUUUUAAUUCACCAAAGUAUUUUUUUAUCUUGGGACUGGGUUUGGACCCCAGCUGGGAGGCAAGAGAGGCAGAGACGGCUUCCCACCCUACCCUUGGGCUCCCCGGCUGCCUGAGGUGGAACCCCAGGACCAGCUGGGGAGCAGGGGAGGGCCUCUGCCCACCCCCAGCACGCCUGCGUGUGGAGAAAGGAGUGAAACCUUUAGGGCAGCUUUCCAAGGUCCAGGCCCCAGCCAGAGUUCCCUGCGGAGUGAAGAGGGGCAGCCCUUCCCUUAUGGGAUUCCUGACCCGGGCUGCAGUUCUCGCCCCUUCCCUGUCCCUCUAAAGCAAUAAUGGUCCCCAUCCAGGCAGCAGGGAGGCUGGCCUAGGGGGUAUUUGAAGGAGGAGGCCACCUCUCUAAGGGCUUUUGCAUCCCUGACCCCGUCCCCCACCUCUGGUGAGCCUCGGGCGGAAGCAGUAAGCGAAGGAAGGGACCAAGGCAAGGCAGGCACUUCCAGGGUGCACACGUGUGUGUCCCUUUGCCCACCUCCACUACAGCUGGCUGCCUGCUGAGCGAGGCUGGCCCGGCCCCGUGCUGGUGUGCUGACCACCCUCCCCUCUCUGGCACCCUCUCCUCCUGCCAGGGCCCAAGUCCCUGUUUUCUGAGCCCGGGGCUGCCUGGGCUGUUGGCACUCACAGUCCCGGAGCCCCUGGGUGGGUGGUGGAGAGGGACGGUGGCCCAGCCGGCCUCUCCCGCCUCCCACCCGAUGCUGCUUUCCCCUGUGGGGAUCUCAGGGGCUGUUUGAGGAUAUAUUUUCACUUUGUGAUUAUUUCACUUUAGAUGCUGAUUUUUUUUUUUUUUUUUUGGUAUUUUUAAUGGGGGUAGCAGCUGGACCAUCCACCUUCCCACACCCACUGUCCACCCUGCUGUUCCCCCCGGCUGCCCUGGCCCUGAGGUGUGGGGGUCUGCAGCGUGUUGCUGAGGAGUAGCUGAGCCCCAGGUCCUGAAGAGACAGGCCAGGCCAGGCGGGCCCUAGGAAAGGAGGAGUACGAUAGAAGGGGCAGGCUGUCGUCCAUUUCAGAUGGGGCUCCUCGCGCCAAGGGCUCAUGGGUCAGUGGUUCUCCAAGUGCCAGGGGUGGGCAGGCAGUGGCACUGAGCCCCCUCCAACACUGUGCCCUGGUGGAGAAAGCACUGACCUGUCCUGCCCCCCAAGGCCCCCUCUUCUGACGUGCCUUUUGUACCCCUCCCAUUAGGACAAUCAGUCCCCUCCCGUUUGGGAGCCCCCUUUUCUUUCUCUCCCCUAGCCCCUCCUGACACCCAGCCACCUGCCCAGGGGCACCCCCGCCUCUCCCAUCCCCCCCACCCUUGUGGCCAGCCCAGCUGGUUUUGUAAGAUACUGGGUUGGUGCACAGUGAUUUUUGUUUUUUUCUUGUAAUUUAAACAGGCCCAGCAUUGUUGGUUCUAUUUAAUGGACACAAGGUAAUGUUAGAGGUUUUAAAGUGAUUAAACGUGCAGACUAUGCAAACCAG